AUUUCAACUAAAAUAUCUUAAUUUGUGUUCUGAAGAUUAACGAAGUUCUCACAGGUGUGGAACGGCAUGAGGGUGAGUAAUAAAUGACCGAAUUUUCAUUUUUGGGUGAACUAACCCUUUAACUAGAGCCUCCUGGUUAUAUUCAGCAAAAUCACGCAACAGUGUUACUGUAGACAAACGAACAUGAGCAAACUGAACUCUUAAACGUUUCUCAGAAAUAUUAAAUUUUUAACAGUCAGCAUUCCCUGUGAUUAAUGCACAGAAUUCCAGUUUUCCAACAUUGACAUUUUAGCUCAUUUGUUUAGUUGUUGUUUACGAUAGCAGCUACUGUCUAACUAAGACCACUCAUUUUGGCUUUAGGGUAGCACUCAUAGUAUUUUGAAUAUUGCAUUGCAUCUGUGUGUUUCUCUUCUUGGCCUCGUCCCUUGACUAUAUUAUGUCCAAGAAAUUCUAGUAUUUGAUGCAAUCGAAUAAAACAAUGGCUCUAAUUAUAAAAAUAUUACAUGACCAAAUCUAACACGUUAUGCAUGAUUUGUUGUUAUUGUUAUUAGUGUUUUUAUACAUCAUGUUUCACAGUUGCCUCAUUUUCAUGCUGGUAUCACAAUACUGCUGAAUUCAGUAAGGACCAUUUGAACACUCGUGGUUUAGCCUCCAUGUAUUUACCAUUUAACAUUACCUUUUUUGUAAACGCAACAUCUAAUUUUCUCUCUUAAUAUGUGAAUGUGUGUAUGUUUACUGUUGAAAGUAUGCCAAUGUGUUAUUUUUGCUAUCAUUGUUUUUCUUCCAUAUUUGUACUGUAUUCUGAACUAAUAAAACUAUAAAAAUAAGACUUUUUUUGUUUUAUCUUUCAGUGGAUUUAAAAGAAAAUGUUUCUUGUUUACCAUCUUUUUCAGUUUAAUUUUCUUCUUAUAGUAAUGUGUAUUUUUGAUGGUCCGUAUGCAUUUACGUUUUCACAUGUGACAGCUUCCAAACAUGUUCGUUCCCACGCAAUGUGUGACGUGCUCUUUUGUGGUUUUGCUCCUCUCACACCCCCUCAAUUCUUAUCAGCCCGCACCAGCUUCACACACGCCACUGAUAGUCAGGAGUGUCGACGUCUGUGUAUGUAAAAAUGUGAAUAUUUAUGAAUAUUAACUAUGACACUUCCUACACUGACGAAGCUUUAAAAAUUUACUUGCAGCUUUUUUUCCCAUUUAGUGUUUGUGUUUUCCCAAGUUUGACUUGGGUGACUUGAUCCAAUUGAUGGAUUUUGGAGCAAAAUCAUCUUCUGGCCCUCAUAAAUUUAAGAAAUGGUGAAGUUCAGGAAAUGCAUCCAGAAAUGCCCCAUUUAUGCAUGUGUAAAAGAGAGGGGUCUUGUGGGAAGCCGGGUCAUUACAUGUUUAUCAGUAAGUGAAAGAGUGAACAGAGAACGUGAUGAGGGAAGAUAGUAGUUGGAUGACUUGUGGUUGACGGAGGAAGAGAUAGAAAGAGGAACGGUGUGACGAAAUAGAAAGCUUCGCUGGAAGACCAACAUGUUGGAAGAAUUCUGAUCAAACGGCCACAAAAGAAGAAUGGACGAGAACCCAGCUGUUCAUCAGGAAAUGGUCACGACAGCAGAGGAACAGCCUCGUUCUGAUGAGCCAAAUCCAAUGGGCUGCAACAAGUACUGCAGUCUCUUAUUGGUUCUCUUUGCCUCCUCUCUCUUUGCAACUACGUUAGGUUUGGCUAUCUAUUCCCACCUGCAAAAGGAAUCACAGUGGAAAUCAGCUGCUCCUCCUUGCCUUUCUCCCGCCUGUCUAAGAGCAUCAGAGCAGUUUUCUCUUGACGUGGAUCCCUGUGACUACUUCCUCUAUGCCUGUGGAGCAGGUGGAUCUUCCACUAACAAGAGGAGACAGAGAGUCAGUGGGUUCUCCAAUGAAGACAAUGGAGAACUGGACAAAAAACGAGAAGUGGGCAUGGGUGGACUAGUGAGGAUGAGAAGAGAGGCAGAUGUUCAAGGAAAAAGCGAUGGACGGCUAGAUAAAUUUCCAGACAGACAGACUGCUUUACUGAAAGCCAUUAAAGAAAUACUAGAGUCUCCUGAGGAGGGUGUUUCUAUGAGUGCUGCAGAACAGAAAGCAAAGAAAUUCUUCAAGACCUGCAUGGAUGCAGAAUCCCCAAAGAAAGUGGGUCCAGAACGCUUCCUCACACUACUCCAGCAGUUAGGUGGCUGGGCAGUAUCGGGUGAAUGGAAUCAGAAAGAUUUUAACACCACCCUCACCCUGCUGAUGAGCCAGUACUCAACAUUUCCUUUCUUCAGUGUGUAUGUAGGGCCAGACUCUGGUGAAGAGCAAAAUGCUUCCAAUAAACACUACAUACAGAUUGAUGAGCCUCAUUUUCAAUUCCCUAUUGACUGGAAUAGCGAGACACAUAAAUCCAAAGCUAGUACUCGGUAUUUGCGUCCAUUCUAUUCGUCCUGUGGUCAGUAUUUGGCUCUCUUGGGUGUUCCCUCCAAUGGAACCACUCAGCACUGUGGUCUUUACAUAUCUCUGUCCACAACUCUCGCUGUGGCCACAUCUCCUCUUCGCUACCGCCUCAGUCAGAAGUUGCUCUACCACAGAAUUACCAUCCGAGAGCUACAGACUCGGGCUUCAGCCAUUGAUUGGCUUGCUUGCCUACAAGCCAUAUUUCAGCCACUUCCUAUCAGCCAAUCAGAUAUUGUUUUAGUCCACAAUCUCCCGUACAUUAUCCACAUGUCCCAGACAAUCAGCCAAUGGCAAUUCCAGCAUAAGACGAUGGGCACUGGUCCUCUUCACACAUACAUGAUCUUUAGUCUGUUGCAAACACUCAUCCCUGCGCUGGACUCGAGGUUCUUCCAAACAAUGAGAAACUAUUCCAUUGUGACUGGAGACAUGCAGGAGGAGAUGCCACGCUGGUGGCGAUGUGUUCAGCAGACGGAGCGAGGAUUUGAUGUCUUACUCAGUCAUGUAAUUAGAGAAAGACAUGCACAGAAAGAGGCUGAAGAGUUGAUUCAUGAUGUUUAUUCAUCCCUCAAGAAGAAACUAACAGAUCUGAGCUGGAGGGACAAAACAUCAUCAAGCUUUAUUUUGAAUAAAAUAAAAUCUCUUAAUCCAAGACUCUCCACUAUAACAAAUAACCUCAGUCAUACAGAACUCGACCAUCUCUAUGCAGAGAUGGAUUUGAAAGAUGAGGAUUUUUUCUCCAACUACCUGCAGAUGCUGGUGCUGGAGCAGAAGAUCAGGUGCAGACUGCUCUCACACAGCACACGGACUGAAGGUUUGUCUAUCACUCCAUCCAUCUCUGGUAAUGACAUCAUCAUCCCUGUUGGAAUGUUUGUUUUGCCUUUCUUCCAUUCUUCAUAUCCCAGGGCACUGAAUUAUGGGACUCUGGGAUCUCUGAUGGCUAAAGAUCUUCUCCACCUUCUGCUUCCUGAUAUCCACACACAGGCCGACAACCCAGAGUCAGAGAGUAUGUGCGUGUGGUCUCAUUAUCUGAGUGUGACCAAGGGUUCGGGACAGGCUGGCACAUUCUCUCUUCCCCCCUCUAAACAGCAGGAGGUUUGGGUGCAGUACUCUGCUCUACAGGUGGCACUGGAUGCUUAUAAGAUGAGUUUCACAAGGCAUCCAACAGACUCAUCUCUAUCAGGCCUCUCUUACAUUCACCUGUUCCUCUCAUCCUUUACUAAGGUAACGUGUGACGCUGACUCCUACCGCGAGUUCAUGCCCUUUGAACCUUCCUUCCUGGUGACUGUCCUGUGUUCGAGCUCAGGCUUCUGCCCCAAAUCGCUGACCUGCCUGAAUAAAUCUCAGAGUUCUCCUCACGAGAUGUGUCAGAGUCGAACGCUGCACUGAAUCUGCGAGGAACACUUCUCCACUGAGACCUGUUGGAGCUGGUUUGGGACUGUUGAACCAUUGGAGCUGCUCAAUGUUUAGUGAAAAUAUGAGAAAGUCAUUUCAGAGAUCAUUAACCUUUUUAUAUUCACUGGAUAAGUAAUGGAUUUAGAAAUGCCACAUAUACAUUUAGGCAAUAUUAUCACAUUUGACAAGUGAUGUACAGUAUGAUGAACAGUUAAAAACAAAAUUUUCAUUCAAACAGUCAAAAGCAUGAAAAUGUACCAUGCUUUUACAGUAUUGGAUUUUGGGGAAAAUGUUGUAGAUUCAUGCAAACUAAUAUAUUUAAGGGGAGGGAGGAAAUCUCAUGCAUUUUUAUAACACUUAUGGCAGUAGCAUUUCCUAGUUUGUUUACAAAGUUACACUGGUUUAAUAUGUGGUAACUAUAGUCUUACUAUAAAUACCACAGUUAAACUGGUUACUACAAUUCAGUAAUUCAUUAAUGAUGAUUAUUUUGUAUUUUUAUUCUCUCUAGUGUAAAUACAGUUUGUGGUCUGAGGUUUGAAUGUAUCAUAAAUGCCACUCUUAUAUUUGAAAAAAACGCUGAGGUGUGUUUUGUGUCCUUUUCUGCUGUGAAAGUUCUAGGUUUGCUUUGAUGAUAACACUAGCAAAAAAUCGAAAAUGUUGAGAUUCGCCUGUUCUUCGGAGGUCUUUU